ACAAGAGGAGGGAGAUAGAGAGAGGCUGCUAGUACUACUGCUACAUCAUCAUCGCCGUCUCCAAGUCCUUGGCCUUGGCAAGCGAGAGCUGGGAGGGUACGGGUUUUCAACUCUCCUCUCCUCUCGCACCACCGCCACCUACCCACGCCGCACCACCGCCAGCGGCAGGGCCGGUUGUUAUGAAAAGUCACACCUGUUAAGGGUUAGGAGUUUUGCUACAACAUGGGUUCAGGAAAUCUGAUGAUGAAGAAGGUCGUGAGGCCCAGCUCUUUUGAUCUGGACAUACAGCUUGAUAAGAGUUGGACAGAGGAUGUUACUUGCCCAAUCUGUCUAGAUUAUCCUCACAAUGCUGUCCUUCUGAGGUGCACAUCUUAUGAGAAGGGGUGCAGGCCAUUUGUGUGUGAUACAGACCAGACCCGCUCAAACUGUCUUGAGAGGUUUAAAGGUGCUUAUGAGCUGCCUGCCAAUGCGAAAGUUUCAUCUAUAGCUGUGGCUCCUCUUGAUAGCAUUCAUAUCGUGUCAUCUCAUGCUAACAAUCGCCCCAGUUGCCCAUUGUGUAGAGGUGAUGUUAUUGGAUGGAUUGUUAUUGGCGAGGCUCGUCUGCAUCUUAACCAGAAGAAGAGAUGCUGUGAAGAAGAUUGCUGUUUGUUUACUGGUAACUUUAAUGAGCUUCAGAAGCACACACAACAAAAGCAUCCAGAUUCACGCCCUUCGGAAAUCGAUCCUGCUAGACAAGUUGAUUGGGAGAACUUCCAGCAAUCUUCUGACAUUGUAGAUGUAUUGAGCACAAUACAUGCACAAGUUCCUAAUGGAAUUGUUCUCGGAGAUUAUGUCAUUGAGUACGGUGAUGAUGAAACUGGAGAAGACUAUGAAGUUCUCCGCAGGGUUAGGAGGAACUGGUGGUCUUGUAUCUUUUGCAGAGCAUUUUGUAGAUAUCCAAGAAUCCGAAGAAGAGGAAGGGCAAGAGAAAGAAGGGGCAGUGGAAGGAGGAACAGUAAUCAGGCUCAUCUGGAAAACUUUAACCUUGAGGUUCCGACACAAGCUGUUGACUUGAGGGAAAUUAGAUUUGAUGAAAUCGACGAUGAAUACAUAGUCACAGGGGCUGUACCUAGCAUGGCAACAUCUGGAAGAAUGGCCAGUUUGCACUACAGGGAUACAAGAUAUGGUCGGUGAUGUGCGUACUUAUAGGACCAGCUUUAAAGGAAAGGAUUUGUAGCCGUUUCGUGAUGCAUCAACCACCAGAUUCAUCGUACCUUCGCUCAUUUUCAUUUCUUUUCCACCUUCCUUGUUGCUAGGCUCCACCGCAAUCCAAACUCCUUGUGCAUAAAAAGUAGCAACAGAAACCUUCCGUCGUUCAUUUGCAACAGAUUUUCGUCAUCCUAGUUCCAUUUUGUAUAUAUUAGCACCCAUCUCUAUAGUGAUGUUGGUGAAAAGCUUUUCUUCUUGGAAACGCUGCUCCUGCUCGGAUGUAGCAAAACUUUCACAGGGAAUGCCAGAAACUUUCACAGGGAGCACAUUUUAAGGGUUUGUUUGGAUCGACUCCUGUCUCACUGAGUAUAGAGGCAGUUGCUAGAGUUUUCAGAUGUGGUUUGUGUUCUGUUGAAGCCUCCAGUUCCAAAACAAGUGUGCCAUGCCAACCAUUUUUGUGGCCUUCAUGAGCAAUGCCAAGCUAAAAUCAGCGUCUCCGGAGUCGGGCCAAGCGCUUUCCUCUGUUGGAGCCACUGAAAGCAGCUGGCAAUCUGAUUGCCUGAAUCCACUUGCAUGCAUGGUGUUGUGGCUCACAUUUGUUCAGGACGUGUUUCGACUUUCGAUUCAGGGCAGGUCCGUGUUGGGGAUCUCUCUUUUGUUUUGUUCUCUAUGGUUACGUGCUGAUUCUAAAUUCUGGGUAUAUGUACGAUCUGAUGCCAUGUGUGAUUGAGGAAAUUGCACAAACCACUUAUCAUUGUC